UUGUAAAAGUCCUGAUUUGCUGUUCCUCUCUGCGACUGACAGUCUCCACACAAGCCUAAAAAAGGGUUUUCACUCUCCAAUCGGUCGACAAGGGGGCAUCAUUUCUGAAGGCAACCCCAGUAGGACCAGACCAGAGGGAGAGAGAGAGAGGGGACAGGAGGAACAGAAGGAACCGUGGGGUUUGCAAACACACAAGUCCUGUCCAACUCCCCCUACAUCCUCACACACAUCCCAAUGGCUUUAUAAAAGUUGCUGGUUCAGCAGGGUCUUUGCCCUAUUCUCUUUGCCCCCCAUCCCUUGAUUUUGUUGCAUUCUAAGAUCUAAAGUGGGGACACGUCAAACUGAAGAGAUUGCCCCCCAAAAGCGGAGGAGCUAAUGAGUAUGGAUUCCCACACGAGAUGGAAAAGAAGAAAUUGGACAACAGAGUGGCCCCUCCUUGUAGCAUUAUCCUUGUCUAUAUGUUGUCGGUUCAGCGCAGCUGAACCAGCAGAUCUUUUGAAGGCAUUAGAUUUUCACAAUUUUCCAGAUGGUAUUUCAAAAACAACGGGCUUCUGUGCCUUCAGAAAAUCUUCGAAAGGACCAGACGUGGCCUAUAGAGUGUCAAAAGAUGCCCAGCUUAGUGCUCCGACCAAGCAAUUGUUCAUGGAUACCCCAUUUCCAGAAGAUUUCUCCAUUUUGGCAACUGUGAAACCCAGAAAAGGAAGCCAGUCAUUCCUGCUCUCCAUCUACAGUGAGCAGGGAAACCAGCAGAUUGGAGUGGAGCUGGGCAGGUCUCCAGUGUUCAUCUACGAAGACCACAAAGGGAAACCAGGCCCUAACCGUUAUCCCAUCUUUAGAAACAUUAAUCUGUCAGAUGGGAAGUGGCACCGAAUAGCCAUCAGCGUGCAUAAGAAGGAGGUCACCAUGAUACUGGACUGUACAAAGAAGGUCACCAGUUCCCUAGAUAGAGAUGACAGCCCCAUUAUAGACACUAACGGCAUUGUGGUGUUCGGCACCAGGAUCUUAGACGAGGAAGUCUUUGAGGGUGAAAUUCAACAGUUGAUGAUUGUGCCUGACCCCCGUGCAGCCUAUGAUUAUUGUGUACACUACAACCCUGACUGUGACACCGCCAUGCCCGAUGCAGUGCAGUCCCAGGAUCCCAACCAAGACGAAUAUUACCCCGAUGCUGCUGAAGCGGAAGGAGAGGGUUAUUAUUAUGAAUAUCCUUAUUAUGAAGAUGAGAAGACAGAAACUAUAACAACCAAGCCCACAGCUGAAAAAGCCGAGGUAUUAAGGCCCGAAACACAAAUCGAAGAGGAGGAAACACCCCCACCAACUGAAACCCCUGCAAUUCCUGUAACUGAUGCUCCACGAAUUGAGACCAGAGUAGAGAGUAGAGUAGAAAGCAGAGUGGAUAACCCCACUACAGAUGACUACAACUAUGAGACUGUACAUGAGGAAUAUUACACUGCUGCUCCUUAUGAAGAUAUCAACUACUCUGAAGGUGAGGAGACAGGAAUCGAGACUGGAACUACUGAGGAAGGCCUCGUCGAUGGAGAUGGAGAAAUUUUGACCAAAACGGUCAUCACAAGCAGCUCAUCCAAUGGUUCAUCAGUCAUCAACAGUGGCAGUUCCAAUAAAGAUAGCAGUACCGAUGGAGAUUUCACUGAAGUGACCAUACAGGGGUACGACUAUGACUAUGACGAUGAAAAGCUCCUCACUGACACUGAAGAUGGAAUUGGUGGACAGCCGGCUGAACAAGAAGAAUUUAGUAUUUCAGGGGGGGCCAGAGGUGAGAAAGGACAGAAGGGAGAGCCAGCCAUCAUUGAACCCGGAAUGCUGAUUGAAGGACCACCCGGCCCAGAAGGCCCAGCUGGAUAUACCGGUCCUCCUGGUACCACAGGUCCACCUGGCCCACCUGGAGAUCCUGGAGAGAGGGGGCCCCCUGGUCGUGCAGGACUCACAGGAGCUGAUGGCUUGCCUGGACCCCCAGGAACCAUGCUGAUGUUGCCAUUCCGCUUCUCUGGUGGUGGAGAUGGUGGAUCUAAAGGACCCCAAGUGUCUGCCCAGGAAUCACAAGCCCAAGCUAUUCUCCAACAAGCAAGACUGGCGUUGAGAGGGCCAUCUGGUCCUAUGGGUCUUACUGGAAGACCAGGCCCAGUGGGUUCUCCAGGUCCUUCAGGAUUAAAGGGAGAAGCAGGAGACUUAGGACCUCAGGGACCACGUGGGCCACAAGGUUCUUCUGGGCCAGUAGGAAAACCAGGACGAAGGGGAAGGGCUGGCAGUGAUGGUGCUCGGGGAAUGCCUGGACAAACAGGACCAAAGGGUGACCGAGGAUUUGAUGGGUUGGCUGGUUUACCGGGAGAAAAGGGACAUCGUGGUGAGUCUGGUCCACAUGGCCCUCCAGGACCACCUGGAGAGGACGGAGAAAGGGGUGAUGAUGGAGAUGUUGGACCUAGAGGGUUGCCAGGUGAACCUGGACCACGAGGGUUGCUUGGACCUAAAGGACCUCCAGGCCCACCAGGAGCUACUGGUGUUCCUGGAAUGGAUGGUCAAGUUGGCCCCAAAGGUAGUGUGGGACCUCAAGGUGAGCCAGGACCUCCCGGGCAGCAAGGAAACCCAGGAGCACAGGGUCUUCCAGGUCCUCAGGGUGCUAUCGGCCCACCAGGAGAAAAGGGCCCUUUGGGAAAAUCAGGUCUUCCCGGAAUGCCUGGAGCUGAUGGACCUCCAGGUCACCCGGGUAAAGAAGGACCACCAGGGGAGAAAGGAGGCCUGGGACCUGCAGGGCCACAGGGACCAAUCGGAUACCCAGGACCACGUGGUGUUAAGGGAGCUGAUGGAAUUCGUGGUUUAAAGGGAACAAAAGGAGAAAAGGGUGAAGAUGGCUUCCCUGGAUUUAAGGGUGAUAUGGGCACCAAAGGAGACAGAGGUGAAAUUGGUCCUCCUGGUCCCAGAGGUGAAGAUGGUCCGGAGGGUCCAAAGGGCCGAGGUGGUCCAUCUGGAGAAUUAGGUCAACUUGGUCCUGCUGGUGAGAAGGGCAAGCUUGGUGUUCCUGGUCUACCAGGUUAUCCAGGAAGACAAGGUCCAAAGGGUUCCAUUGGCUUUCCAGGAUUCUCAGGAGCAAACGGAGAGAAAGGCACAAGGGGUACCCCUGGCAAACCGGGUCCAAGGGGGCAACGAGGUCCAACGGGUCCACGUGGCGAAAGAGGUCCAAGGGGAGCUACAGGCAAGCCAGGCCCCAAGGGUAACUCCGGAGGGGAUGGCCCAGCAGGUCCACCUGGUGAAAGGGGACCACCUGGACCUCAAGGACCCACUGGAUUUGCAGGACCGAAGGGCCCCCCUGGUCCACCAGGGAAAGAUGGACUUCCCGGCCACCCUGGACAACGGGGAGAAACUGGAUUCCAAGGAAAGACUGGCCCUCCUGGUCCCCCUGGCGUUGUUGGUCCUCAGGGUCCAACUGGAGAGACUGGCCCAAUGGGUGAGAGAGGACAUCCUGGCCCUCCCGGCCCUCCUGGUGAGCAAGGUUUACCUGGCGUGGCUGGUAAAGAAGGAUCCAAGGGUGACCCAGGUCCUGCUGGUUUGCCUGGAAAAGAUGGGCCUCCAGGACUAAGAGGUUUUACUGGAGAAAGAGGUCACCCGGGUCCAAUUGGUGCUCCUGGACUGAAAGGCAAUGAGGGUCCUCCUGGUCCACCUGGCCCAGCUGGUUCCCCUGGUGAAAGAGGAGCUGCAGGUCCAGCUGGACCCAUUGGACUGCCCGGACGACCUGGUCCUCAGGGACCACCAGGACCUUCUGGUGAGAAGGGUGCACCAGGGGAGAAAGGACCCCAGGGACCUGCUGGACGUGAUGGUAUCCAAGGUCCUGUUGGACUUCCAGGCCCAGCUGGACCUGUUGGGCCACCUGGUGAAGAUGGUGACAAGGGUGAAAUCGGAGAGCCUGGGCAAAAAGGAAACAAAGCAGAUAAAGGAGAACAGGGCCCCCCAGGACCACCUGGUCCACAAGGUCCCAUUGGUCAGCCUGGUCCAUCAGGAGCUGAUGGAGAACCAGGCCCCAGAGGUCAACAAGGUCUUUUUGGACAAAAGGGUGAUGAAGGACCUAGAGGUUUUGCUGGUCCACCAGGACCUGUUGGACUGCAGGGUUUACCUGGACCACCUGGUGAGAAGGGAGAAACAGGAGAUGUUGGUCAAAUGGGUCCUCCUGGUCCUCCAGGCCCUAGAGGUCCUUCUGGCUCCUCUGGAGCUGAUGGCCCACAAGGUCCUCCAGGAGGAAUCGGCAACCCUGGUCCUGUAGGAGAGAAGGGUGACCCUGGAGAGUCUGGUGAACCUGGUCUUCCUGGUGAACUUGGACCACUGGGGCCUAAAGGUGAAAGAGGUGAAAAGGGAGAAGCGGGUCUUCAAGGUACUUCUGGCCCUCCUGGCCCUAAAGGUCCUCCAGGUGAUGAUGGUCCAAAAGGUAGUCCUGGCCCAGUUGGAUUUCCUGGUGAUCCUGGUCCUCCUGGAGAACCUGGUCCUGCAGGUCAAGAUGGCCCAUCUGGUGAUAAGGGAGAAGACGGUGAAUCUGGACAGCCAGGGUCCCCAGGUCCUACUGGAGAGCCUGGCCCAUCAGGGCCACCAGGAAAGAGGGGUCCUCCUGGUCCAGCAGGUCCUGAAGGACGUCAAGGAGAAAAAGGAGCAAAGGGUGAAUCAGGUUUGGAAGGACCUCCUGGUAAGACUGGCCCAAUCGGUCCCCAGGGACCUCCCGGAAAACCUGGACCUGAAGGCCUUCGAGGAAUUCCAGGCCCUGUUGGUGAACAAGGUCUCCCUGGUUCGCCAGGACCUGACGGCCCUCCUGGACCUAUGGGUCCCCCAGGUAUACCAGGACUGAAAGGAGAUUCAGGUCCAAAAGGUGAAAAGGGUCAUCCAGGCUUGAUAGGUCUCAUUGGACCUCCUGGUGAACAGGGAGAAAAGGGAGACCGUGGCUUGCCUGGCCCUCAGGGACCACAAGGUGCUAAAGGAGAACAGGGUAUUGGUGGUGCAUCUGGUCCUGUUGGUCCACCUGGUCCUCCAGGCUUACCGGGUGGUCCUGGACCAAAAGGUGCUAAAGGUUCAUCGGGCCCAACUGGUCCAAAGGGUGAAAGUGGAAUUCCUGGUCCACCAGGUCUUCCAGGUCCUCCAGGAGAAGUGAUCCAGCCUUUGCCUUUUCAGUCCUCCAAGAGGACAAAACGAAGCAUUGAUGCAAGUCAAGUAAUGGAUGAUGGUAACGCAGACAAUUACAUGGACUAUCCUGAUGGAACAGAAGAAAUAUUUGGUUCUCUUAACUCCCUAAAAGAGGACAUUGAGCAAAUGAAACACCCAGUGGGUGACGAGCAAAACCCAGCAAGGACUUGCAAGGACCUGCUACUGUGUCAUCCUAACUUGCCAGAUGGGGAAUAUUGGAUUGACCCAAAUCAGGGAUGCUCUAGAGACGCUUUCAAGGUUUUCUGUAAUUUCACAGCCGGUGGAGAAUCUUGUAUCAUCCCCGACAAGAAGUCUGAAGGAAAUAAACUGGCUCGCUGGCCCAAAGAGCUGCCUGGUACAUGGUAUAGUCAUUACAAGCGGGGUUCCAUGUUAUCCUAUGUGGAUGCCGAUGGCAAUCCCAUCGGAGUGGUACAGAUGACCUUCCUGAGGCUUCUGAGCGCUUCCGUGAAACAGAACAUCACCUACAACUGCUACCAGUCUGCUGCAUGGCAUGACGCCACCACCAACAGCUAUGACAAGGCCAUUCGAUUCCUGGGGUCAAAUGAUGAAGAAAUGUCAUAUGAUAACAAUCCUUCCAUUCGAGCCAUUGUGGAUGGAUGUGCGUCAAAGAAAGGUUAUCAAAAGACUGUUCUAGAACUUGACACUUCUAAAGUGGAACAGGCCCCUAUUGUGGAUAUUAUGUUCAACGACUUCGGAGAUCCAGCACAAAAAUUCGGCUUUGAGGUGGGACCAGUGUGUUUCAUGGGCUAAAAACAGAGUCACGAUAUUAAAAAUCAUCUAAGGGAAAAGAGGCCAAUCACAAAUCAGAACGCUAAGUCUCCAAAUGAGCAACCUUGAAACCUCAUCAAAGUUAUAUAUAUAUUUUUUUUUUCACAUGCACGUUCUGAAACUAAAACGGUGAAAGGUAAAAACCAAGAGUUCCCAAUGGCUCUGAGCCUGGACCACCACCUGCCAACACAGCCGUGGAAUCACAUAACUUAAUCACAUGACCUAUACAGCAUCACACCAUUAUAAUCCACAUAUAAAGAACAAUGGUCUCUGAGAUCUUUGGUCCAUUAUCACUACAUUGUUAGAGUAGGCCUUCAAGCAUUGUCCCAACCUGACGUCAAUUUGGAACUCUAUGGAGAUGGCCCUUUUCAAGCCUAAAUCAAGGAAACGGCACAGUGUGUCCCUGUGUCUGUCUCAUCCCAUUGUAUUAAAGGUGCUUAUAUUUUUGUAUGUUUGUAAUUAUUUGUAUUGUAUAUUGUUAUUAUUUUUGGGGGUGGGUGGUUUGGGGGGGGUAAAGAAAAUGUUUCACUUUUCCUGCCUUUAAAUCCUGCAUAUGACUCAAAAGGUUUAAAUGUCAAUGCUGAAUUCAUCCGCUGGCAUGGUGAUGUGCCACAUAUUCUUACACUCAGUUUCAACCUGAAAUGCUAGACCCACACAAGGCUGCCAAGUUCAUUUCAUGUAGUCCUUUGGGUAUGGGAGGGAAUUGCAAUAAAUUGCCUGUUUGGCACAAAGCACUUGCCUGGGUUUCGACUGAAACUGAUAUCAGGGAGAAUAUUUGUAACUAUGGAGAUUCAUAUAUUUUAGCGGCCAACUGAACUGUGACCAAACGAAGGAUGAGACAAAGCACAAACAUCACUGCCACUUGUUAACAUAGCAAGGUCAAUGGCGUCCAAAACCGCAAUGAAAGGGAGGCAGAGGCUCUUUCAAUCCAUUAAAACUUGGUUUCCAAAUGGAAGGCCACCGCGCUAGGUCUGACCUGAGACAAGUGGUGGAAAGCACGGCUUGUGAUUGGUUAGCACAGUACUGUCUUCCAGCAGGCAACCCACCCUUCCUUUCUUGAAAAGCUCUGUAUCUUGUCACUUAGUGGGAGAUUGCCUACAGUAGAGGGUAUUAUAUAUAUAUAUAUAUAUAUAUUUAUAUAUAUAUAUAUAUAUAUAUAUAGAUAUAUAGAUAUAUAGAUAUAUAGAUAGAUAUAUAUAUAGAUAUAUAUAUAGGAAGGAAAAUAAGGUGCUAUGUUUUUUCUCUCUUGUUCAUUUCUCCCUGUGGUGCUAUGUUUUAUAUGAAAUCACUAAUGGUGCUCCAUCUGUGGACCAGCCUCCCACUGCUUUACCCAUAUUCACACACCCAUCUCUAAUUAGAAGAGAGGUAUAGUGCAUGCUGCUCUUGUAUUCAUAAACUGUGUAGAUAUGAGAUGAUAAUAAUAAUAAUUAUAAGAGAAAUUAAGGAAAAUAUCUGAAAACUGUAUUGUGGCAGUGUCCCGUGCAGAAAUAUCCAGCUUUGUGUUAUCUCUCUAUCUCUGUAUUUUUGUAAUUAUGCUGGAUUGUACUCAGUCCAAUUCUGAUUUCUGAUUUUUGGUGCUAACUUAUGUAUUUUUGUUUGAAACACAUCGCAGAAGAGAAGGCCUUGUUUCUCUUGUGCUGCCCCAGUAGUGCAGAUUGUGCCUAACUGACGACUGUGGGGAUGAGAGCAGCCCAAAUUAGGUUCUUGCCGCAUGAACUUUUACCAGACACACGUACUGUACAAAGCGGUUAAAAAAGUGAAAUUCACUGACCAAAUAAAAAAAAAAAAAAAAGGGAGAAAAAGUGUUGAAAUUGUUUCAUUUAUGGCAAGGAAAAUGCAGCGAAUCUUUUUAGUUGGGAUGUGAAAGACCAGCUGCUUCAUGUAGUUAUAGUUAUGAGUAUUGGGGACUCUACUGUAGAAGUAGGAUCAUUUGUGAUGAUGACAGAUUAUGAAUUUAUGAUUGGUACUCAAUAUUAAGGCACCAUUAUUUGGGCCAUGAUAAAAUAUUUUAUAGUAGAUUCAUAAUGACCAAGGUACAAUAGGUCUUCUUUUCCACAAAGGUAACUAAAAAACAUCUUAAAGCCAAGCUACGCGUAGGUCCCAUCUCUAAGGCUGUAGCUACAACUUAGAAGCAAUGGCAUGUAAUGCAUCUGGAUGACAAUCUUCCUUAUCUCAGUAAUCAUCAUGGCGCAAUGUGACAGCUGCCGUUUCCUCUAGAUAAAUGGAGUGGAUGAGGGCUCCUUCCGACGGUCUUACAAUAGUAUUAUCCCUAUUAUACAGAGAGUCACUGUACUCUAAUUUCCAUCCAAAGGCAUAUCGCGUGCCGGCUGCAGACCACAUGAGACGCCCCAAGGACUUCAUUCAUUUUUAAAGGCAUUCAUUUUUAAAUUGGCGUGUAUCUUAUAUUCCACUAAAUGAGUUUAAAGCUUUAGCUUGUGAAAGGGUCUGCCAUGCAUAACUAACAAGCCUCUGAGCAGAUACCACAUUGUGUGCAGUUCCAGAUUAUCUCUUAUCUUCACUCUGAAAUGGAGAAGGAGCCAUUUUUUAUGUGCCCAAUGCAGUAUUUCUGUUUAAUGAAGCGUAUUGGCCAGCUGAUAAAGUGAUUUCUCCCUAGAGAAAGCCAGUCCAUCACAGAGUAAGUGUUUAUAUACGAGCAGUGCCAUCACAUCCAGUUUCAGGCAGAAGACACAAUGCUUCUCCCAAAAUUAUCUGAUUGUUUCCAACUUACAACUGGCUGUCUCCUUGCACUUUCAAGAGCAGAUACAAUUUGACAUUAGUCGUUGUUUUCAGCUUAGAGCUGCUGUCUCUGAAACGGAGUGACACAAAUCUCCCUCCAAGAACCAGCCCAAUAAAUAGCUACGCCAAAAUGUUUCCUUUUCCAGCUGGAAGCAUAUGCGCCUUCGUUGACCCUUUGGGUCGUUGUGAGAAUGAUGAGCUGGACUUUUGGAAAGCUUGAUUGUAUAUGCUAAAUACCGGACAUUCCCGGACAUUAAAACCAAGGCAUCUAGAAUAUUUUAUUAGUGCAGUAGAUUUAUUCAAGCAAUGUGUGAUCAGAAGAACUGUAAACUACGCUCAGAACAUCUGUUUAUCCUGGCUGCACCCCAAAUCUCACCAUUGGAUCUUAGCUAUAAUGGAAAAGAAACACAAGAAGCUGAUGGGAGCAAUUGAGAAGAUCACACAGAUAAUGAUGGCACAACAUAAGAAAGGCUAAUCUUCGACUGAUAUAAAAAUUCCAUCAAAAUUCAGAAUUUGACUGAUUUUGAAGUGUUAAUCUAAUUACGACCCAUUUGAGUCUCCUUGUUUCUCCAAAUACACAUUGGAAUCAACCAUCUCUGGCUUGGGCUGGACUAGAAUUCUUAUUUUGGGUUAGGAAAGGUCCUGAAGGUCCUGAAGCAGUGGGAUGGAAUAGAUGAUGAUCAACAAGGGUCAGGAAGGUUCCUAUUAAACAGUUGGCCUGGAUGGAAACUGCUAAUAGCAGUUUACAGGGGACUGGAGCCUUAAAGUGGGAGCUUACAAGGGUAGCAGGGAGUCUUUACCAGUUAAGGCAUUGUCAUAAACGUUAGCCUAGAGUUAGAGAGACGAAUAAGUUACUUACUUCUUCGAUAAACUCUAUACAUUUUCCCAUCGACAGUUUUCUGUUUAAGUUAUUGUUUAUCCAGGCACUAAAAGGGGUUUGCACAUUCGAUUAAAAAAUAUCCGAUUUAAAAAGGUGUAUAUUCUGCCGGAAUAAUGUGAUACUGUCUAGGUCAUGUGAUUCUUAAUUCAUUCAUACAUUGUUCAAUGUCUUUCCCACCCCUCUCACGAGACCACAUACAGGAUCUAUACUGAAAUAAACUUUCUUUUUGUAUUUGCAGUACUUCUUCUGGUGUAAUUUUAUUUUUCUUUUAGUUUUCUUUAUUUUCCCUAGUUUUUUUUUUAACUUGAAAUAUGUUGGGAAUCAAAAUUUAUAAAUUCAUUUAAGGAGAAAUCUAUUGUCGAGUUGGCACGCCGCACAUUGUACACUUCUUUCAGAAAGAACAAAUAAAAUCGAUUCACCGUGUACUAAAUUUUUAAUUGAGGUUCCCUCAAAGGGUUUUUUUUUUAUUUUUUAAAAAUUAUAUUUUAAACCUGUGUAAUAAAAUAUUUUUUUUUGUUUUCAAUAAAGCAAGUUUACUGUUCGUACCUGG